GGGGCGGGCGCGGCCCCGCCCCGAGCGCGGUGCCGGGCGCAGACGGAGCGGCCGCGGCGGCGCCAUUUUGCGGCGGUGCGGGAGGCGCGGGCGGGAGGCGGCGGUGGUGGCGGUGCCGGUAAAUAGCGGCAAUAGUGGUAACGGCGGCGAUAAGAGCGGCCGUGGGUGUUGUUGCUGCUAAUCGGGACUAGCGUCCCCCGUUCGCCCUAGCCCCGUGGCCAGGACUCUGCCGACAUGAGCGACGUGGAGGAGAACAACUUCGAGGGGAGGGAGUCUCGCUCCCAGUCAAAAUCUCCAGCUGGGAGUCCUGCUCGUGUAAAAUCAGAGAGCAGGUCAGGAUCUCGCAGUCCAUCGAGGGCUUCCAAACACUCUGAAUCGCACUCUAGGUCAAGAUCAAAAUCAAGAUCCAGGUCCAGAAGACAUUCGCACAGACGUUACACUCGCUCCAGAUCCCAUUCUCAUUCCCAUAGGAGACGUUCUCGAAGCAGAUCAUACACACCAGAAUACCGACGUCGAAGGAGCCGUAGUCAUUCUCCGAUGUCCAACAGGAGAAGGCACACUGGCAGCAGAGCUAAUCCAGAUCCUAAUACCUGUCUUGGAGUGUUCGGUCUCAGUUUGUACACGACUGAGAGAGAUUUACGUGAAGUCUUCUCCCGUUAUGGACCUUUGACUGGUGUCAAUGUGGUUUAUGAUCAACGGACUGGACGAUCAAGAGGAUUUGCUUUCGUUUAUUUUGAGAGAAUUGAUGAUUCUAAAGAGGCAAUGGAGCAUGCAAAUGGAAUGGAGCUGGAUGGCAGGAGGAUUCGAGUGGAUUACUCAAUCACCAAGAGAGCACAUACACCCACCCCAGGCAUCUACAUGGGCAGGCCAACACACAGUGGAGGAGGUGGUGGCGGUGGAGCAGGUCGUCGCCGGGACUCAUAUUAUGAUAGGGGGUAUGACAGAGGGUAUGACAGAUACGAAGAAUAUGACUACAGAUACAGGAGACGAUCACCAUCGCCUUAUUAUAGUCGAUAUCGAUCGCGAUCAAGAUCCCGUUCCUAUAGUCCAAGGCGCUACUGAAGAUCAGAAGAGUUACAGAUGAGGACUUGAUUUUUAAAUACAAAGUUCAGAUCUUUAGCUUUCCCCUUACAUCUUCCCUUUCUUGUCCUCCUUCCAGCUCUUUGACAAGUCUUUGAUUCAUUUAGAAUAUACAUAUUUUCAGUUGAAGUAUUCCUAUUUUCCACCCCUUCUUAUUGUAAUACUCUUAAAUAUUGUAAUUGUUGUAGUUUUUGUGUAGUAAAACAUCUCGAGCAAAAAAAUAGAGAACCCCAAAGUGCUGAUACAUUUUGGAAGUCAUUCCUAUUUUGUUUCUAAAACAGUUGGACUCCUGACUAAUCAGAAGAGAGCAUUGAUAUUUUUAAAGCUUGCAUGUCAUACGUAGUAUACACACUCGGAUACUUUAACAUAAACCUGCAUUUCCAAGUAACUUGUUAAUCUUUCUGUUAAAAUGUUUACCUAUUACUUUGAUAAACAAGUAAUGACUUUGAGCCUUUUCUGUAAUGAUAAAUUUGCUUAGAUAGUCCUGAACCAGAGGAUUUUUUAAAUUUUUUUUUUUGUGUCAAGUAGUUGCUUUGACAGUAGACUAUUUGAGCUAGAUCAGAAUUUGGUAUUUAGCUGACUGGGAGAACAGAUCCUUGUACACUCAAAAUUAAGGCUGUGUGUUUUAUAGAAAAAAGUUUCUGGAUUGCUGCGCAGUGGAUAACAGUUGAAAUUAAAGUUGUUAAAUUCCUGGGGUCUUUGUGGUACUUGGUUGAAUAUUUCCUUUUAAUUGGUGCAGCAGAAAGAAUAUUUAUUGAACAUAGCAAUUAGUUAUAUAAUUUGCUGUUCAUGAAAGAUAAAAUCGCCAACUUUUUGGUAUUGAAAUAAUGAUGGAGCAGGUUUUGUUUCCAGUCCUUUUUGAACUUUUGGAAGUAUGAAUUGCAAAACCUACAGCUACAUGUAAACCUUUUUUUCCCCUCAAUAAAAGUUAAGUCCACUGAUAA